AUGCCUGGGGGUGCUGAGCCUGGGGGUGCUGAGCCUGGGGGUGCUGAGACUGGGGGUGCUCCGCCUGGAGGUGUUUUGCCUGAGGGUGCUGAGCCUGGAGGCUCUCCGCCUGGAGGUGCUUCGUCUCGCCGAGAGCCACUCUCCCCACAGGAGCUGCGUGAGUGGUUUGCCCGGCGCUGGAGGCGUGCUGCUGGUGCUGGAGGUUCUUCGGCUACAGAGGGUGCUGCUGCCGCGCGUCCCGGAGGUCCUCGUGCUGUGGGUGCUGGAGCUGCUGGGUCUGCGGGUUCUCCUGGAGCUGGUACUGCUGAGGGUGUUGGCGCUGAGACUACUGCUGGUGGUUCGACUGGCAGUGCUCCUGGUGCUGCUGGGGGUGCUGGAGGUGCUGCUAGAGGUGCUGCUAGAGCGGGUACUCCUGGUGGGGGUACUGGUGCUGUCCCUGCUGUUUCUGGCGUCGCCACGCGGCCCCGACUGUACUUGGUUCCGCUCCUGCAGCAGGUUCUUGGUCUGACACCUUCUCCUGGUCCUCCUCCUCCUCCCUUAGAGGGUCCACGGCCAGUCCCGUCACAGUUACAGCUACAACCUGCCUCCCCUUUGCCUGCUCCUUCUCCCUACGCUGGUCCGACUAGAGGUCUUACUGAGCAUCGUGAGCCUGCGUCUCGUCCUGCGUCGCCUGUUCGUACUGCACGCACUAGUGGUCGCGGUUCACGUCAGCGUCCUCCUCCUGUCCCUGGCACGCACCGGAUGUCUCUGCGUCCGUCUACUGCUCCUCUGCGUGCCCCUUUGCCUUCUCCUCCUGCUUCCUCUCUUCCUGCUCUUGCCGACCCGGAGUCGGACUCUCUUCGUGCUGCCAGUCCCACUGUCACGCGUCUCCUUGCUACUGCUGUCACUGACCCUUCUUUCGAGCACGGACGUCUUUGA